UUUACAAAAUCAAUGCACCAGUUACCGACUUGUUCUCUAAUGGUAUAUUCGUUUCCAUACGUCACAUGUCUACUCUACACUAAUCUACUCGAGCGACCCCUAUUCCGCCCUGACUUUCAACACACCCAGACUCUGCCUAUCCCUAGCACUGCCAAAAGACACCCAAACCAACAGCCAUUGGCGCCUGUGCAUGUACACUUUUAUACAAACCAUCCCCAUUUUCAAUUCCAGAGCCGCCCAGAAGACACACCGUACGCGCCGCCCACCAGGAUCCGCCUUGCCCAACAUCCAACACCUGCCCACCAGCCGUAGCGCCAUAACCAAGAAAAGAAAAGGGGAGAAAAGGAUGAAUGUCCGCCACCCAAAAAGCCGGUCAAAAAGAGGAAAGGGACAGAAAAAAGCAAGCAAACAGACCCGCCACAACCCUUUUAGCCGUUAUUUCUCUUUUCCCUAUUUUCUAGAAAAAGGCAGGCUCCUGCUCAUAACCUCUCUGCUGGCUUUUCUGACAAUCUUUCCGAUUCGCCGGACGUUGGUGGUCUCUGGUUCUAGCGUGGUGGGUGUUAUGGGUGUAUUGGGUGUAUUUGGAGUCGUGGGGGUUGUCGAGGGUUCGCUGCCGCCGCCGCCGCCGCCGCCGCCGCCGCUGCCACCAUUAAAAACACCCAAUGCAUUAAACGAGGUCAGCGAGACUAGCGGCACCAGAGGCAGCGGGGGCGGCUUGCUGCGGCCGAGGCCAGGCGUCUUCCAUACUCCACCCCCCUCAUCUUUGGACAUGCUGAACCGCCGUUUGAAGAUGGGUAUACGCGAGGGGGACGGUUUUUGAGACGGCGAGGAUGCUCGUAGCAGGCCAUCCGCGCCAAAUUCAGCCUCCGCAGACGUCUCUUCGUUCUCUUCUUCCCGUGCUUCUCGUCUAAUAACUGCCUGGCCCGACGACCCCGAGCGCAAUACGGGCCGUAUGACUAACGGCUGCAGCAGUCUCGCGGCAGCAGAAGAGGCGGGUGCUCCAACAGUCAGCUUGUAGUAAGGCGGAGCCGGGUGCUCGCGCGUAAUUUUGGUCACGGUCACAUUUGGGCUCAGCGCGCAGCCG